AUCGAAAGGUCAACUUAAGUAGGCGUAUUCGUAUCCAUCUGACUCUGAAAUCCAAAAGACAAAAAAAAUGGUUAAUGGGUCCCACCCAUCACGAAAACGUGAUGCUUUCUCUCAUUUAAUCAGUGGCCAAGUUGACCAAACCUGAUGAAAAUUGUGAUUUCUAGCAUCAGAUAAAAUUCCAACUCCUUUUCAUCACUUCUUUAAACAACAACAUCCUUUGAAUACCGUUAUGUUUCUCGUCUUUUGUGUUCGAUCAGCUUUAAACUAAAAUACCCAGCAGGGAGAUUCAACAGUUUGUUGUUGUUGUCAACAGCUGAAUAAUCUUUCACAAGUCAAACCAGGAAAAAAAAAACAAUAUUGUUUUUGUAGUGUAUCCAAGGGUGAAGUUGAAGGAACAAGACCAAGAUGAUCAAUCUGCUAUGCAGGAUUGCAAGAUGAACUCUGUGUUGUCUUUGAAGGAUGUUCUGUUUCUCUCCAUGCUUGAUUCUUAUUUUCCAGUGAAAAGGCAUCAAGAUGUUUCUUCAAUGCCCACAGCAAGAAUUCCCGAGUCCUAUGUACCAGAAAUAGAGAAGCCUUCAGAUUCUGCAACUGAAGAAGCAAAGAAGAACAAGAUAAAAACUGAUGAGGAAGACAGACCAAAUAUUAGAGUCAGUUUGACUCCUCGUCCUCGGGCUGUCAUAUCCAGUCCUGACAACGAUGCAGUGAUUGGAAAUAAAAACAGGAUCAAGGGGGAGCAUCGCACAGCCUUGAAGAAUCAUAAUAUGGUUCAAAAUAGACACUCAACCGGAAGCCAUAUCUUUGCUAGAAGUCCUGUCAAGACAAGGAAGUCCAAGGAUGAUGCUGACUGUAAUGUUGAAAUUAAAGCAAAGAAAGGGUCAGGAACAACAAUUUCAAAUCAGAGAAGACACAUUAUAACUGAUAGACCAAGCUGGCAAGAUCCAUAGAAAUUUCGGCGUCUGAUUCUUUUGGACUGCUCCUGUACUCUUGGAGCUGAUAGUUUUCAAUUGGAGUAGCAGUGUUUUUUUUUUACCCCAAUCCUCUUUUAGAAAAAAAUUUCCAGUAUGCAAACAGGUUCAUAAGCCUACCACUAUUUUUUUUUCCUUUAGAGUUGGCAUAUAACCCUUCUGGACAUAUUGAAUACAUAAUCUUCUCAAGGUUCUAAAAAAUCAGAAUCACAAUUUGUAGUUGUCUUGAAAAGUUUUUUUUUUUUUUUUUUUUU